CUCUCUCUCUGUGUCAGCCUCCCUCCCUCGCCCUCUAAAACUGCUGCUCCUCUAGCAGCAGAGCUCUUAUCCAUCCUUCCCAUCCUCCUGUUUUUCCCUCUGCUGCUGUUUCUGAUGAAUCAUCCCCGGCUGCUUCUCCACUGAAGCCGGAUUCUAGUUUUUUCUUCCCGUCCUCCAUCGUUCCAGGGAUGACAUGAGAUGAGAGGAGUACUGGAGGGGAGAUGCUCAGUCGUCUACAUGAAACUCUGGGCAUGACAGCACAUCCGUUCUCGUUUCAGAGCGUGUGCCGCGACUCACACAGCAUGACGGAGGAUCCGGCGGCCGCCUGGCCGCAACGCGCAGAAAACUGAAGGAGCAGCAGCAACAUAAAGCAGAAGAAGAAGAAGAAGAAGAAGAGGAGGAGGAGGAAGAAGAAGCACAGCACAACCCUGGAUCAUGCACUUAUGGUUAAUUGGGAAGAUGUAGCUGGACACUGAGCGAAAGAAAACCGUGAUCGUUCACAAGCUCAGGUCAUUCCUGGCAAGGGCGUGGUCCACAGAGCUCCACCCACCAUGUCUAAGAAGACACCCAGUGGGCGGACAAAAGGGGCUGAUGCCAUGGCAGCCCUGCAGGCAGCCAAUGAGGAGCUGAGGGCCAAACUCACGGACAUCCAAAUUGAACUGCAGCAGGAGAAGAACAAGGUCAGUAAGCUGGAGAGGGAGAAGUCGCAGGAGGUCCGGCACGAGCAGCACAAGUCUGCGGUGGUGGUGACCGAGCUGAAGGCCAAGCUGCACGAGGAGAAAGUGCGUGAGCUCCACGGCGUCCGGGAGACUCUGCUGCGGCAGCAUGAGUCCGAACUGCUGCGGGUCAUCAAGAUCAAAGACGGAGAGAUCCAGAGGCUGCAGGCCCUCGUCAACGCGCUCCGAGACGGAUCAGCAGACAAGGUAAAAACGGCGCUGAUGGCGGAGGCUCGUGAGGAGGCGCGGCGGGGUUUUGAUUUGGAGCGGACGCGGCUGCAGCAGGAGAUAUCUGAGCUGAAGGGGGUGAAGCGGCAGAUGGAGGAGGCGCUGAACGUGGCCGUUCAGGCGGAUAAGACCAAAGCGGCGGAGAUCCGGAGCGUUUACCACCUCCACCAGGAGGAGAUCGGACGCAUCAAGAAGGAGUGUGAGAGGGAGAUCCGCAGACUGAUGGAUGAGAUAAAGGUUAAAGAGCGCGCUGUGAUUGGUCUGGAGAGAGAGUUGGGGGUGCAGGCGGGACAUGCGCAGCGGCUGCAGCAGCAGAAGCAGGCCGUAACCGAACAGCUGAAUCUGCUCAGCCCCAAGAGAGAGAAUCCCAAUUCAGCCGGUGCAGGAGACACAGCAGAGAGCGCAGCUAACACUGUGCAGCAGUUGGACGAGAAGGACGCUCGCCGUUUCCAGCUGAAAAUCGCUGAGCUGAGCUCCAUCAUUCGCAAGCUGGAGGACCGCAACGCUCUGCUCUCGGAGGAACGCAACGAGCUGUUAAAGCGGCUCCGCGAGGCCGAGAGUCAGUAUAAGCCUCUCCUGGAUAAGAACAGACGUCUGAGUCGAAAGAAUGAAGAACUCGCUCACGCUUUCAGACGCAUGGAGAACAAACUACGCUUCGUCACGCAGGAGAACAUCGAGAUGAGAGAGAAGGUGGGGACGCUGCGCAGGCCGAGCUCUCUGAAUGAUCUGGAUCAGAGCCAGGAGGAGAGAGAGAUCGAGUUCCUGAGGCUGCAGGUCCUCGAACAGCAGAACAUCAUCGACGAUCUGUCCAAGGCGUUUGAAACAGCUGGAUACGUGAAGAGUGUGAUAGAGAGGGACAUGCUGCUGAGGUACAGGAGGCAAGACCCCAUCCGCAGGAGGAGAAGCUUCAAGGCUUGUAAGCCGGUGGUUGAGACGUUUUAUGGUUAUGAUGAAGAAGGCUCUAUAGACUCAGAUGGCUCAUCCAUAUCCUACCACACAGACCGAACGCCCUGCACACCAGACGAUGAUCUAGAGGAGGGAAUGCUGAAAGAAGAGACGGAGCUGAGGUUUCGUCAGCUGACGAUGGAGUACCAGGCUCUGCAGCGUGCCUACGCUCUGCUUCAGGAACAGGUCGGAGGAACCUUCGAUGCUGAAAAAGAAGUCAAGACCCGAGAGCAGUUACAGUUGGAGCUGAAUCGUUACCAGACCAGAAUAGCGGAUCUGGAGCGUGUGCUGAGUCAGCAAGGACAGGAUGUGAAGUGGAUAGAAGACAAGCAGGCCUUAUACCAGCGGAAUCAGGAACUAGUGGAGAAACUAAAACACAUGGAGACGGAGGAGGUUCGCUUAAAACUGGAGAUUCAGGACGCAAAAGACCAAAACGAGCUGCUGGAGUUUCGCAUUUUGGAGCUGGAAGAAAGAGAACGAAGAUCUCCAGGCAUGAACUUCCAGAAUAUCCACUUUAUAGAGGGCAUGAGCCCCCUGCAGGUGUACUGUGAAGCAGAGGGUGUCACCGACAUCAUCAUCACAGACCUGAUGAAAAAGCUGGACAUUCUGGGGGAUAACGCCGUAAGUAAUCUCAGCAAUGAGGAGCAGGUGGCCAUCAUUCACGCCAGGACAGUGCUGACUCUGUCAGAAAAGUGGCUGGAGCAAGUUGAGGUGACCAAAUCGGUCAUACAGCAGAAAAUGAUGGACAUUGAGAGCGAGAAGGAGCUCUUCAGUAAACAGAAGGGAUAUCUGGAUGAAGAGCUGGACUACAGGAAACAGUCGAUGGAUCAGGCCAAUAAGCGUAUCCUGGAGCUGGAGGCGAUGUUGUUUGAUGCACUGCAGCAGGAGGAGGCGGGUGCUAAGGUGUCCAAUCUGCUCUCUGAGGAGGAUCGUGAUUCGCUGAGGCGAGCCGUGGACCAGUGGAAGAGGCAGGUCCUCAGCGAAUUGCGGGAGAGAGAUUCUCAGAUACUCAGAGAGAGGAUGGAGAUGCUACAGCACUCACAACAGAGAGUAAAAGAGCUGGAAGAAUGGAUCGAAGCACAGAAACGACAGAUAAAGGAGUUAGAAGAAAAGUUUUUAUUUUUAUUUUUGUUCUUUUCUUUAGCCUUCAUUCUUUGGUCCUAACUCUUCCAACACGCCGGAGAUUUCGACAGGUUUCCAGACUGUUUUCUGCCUUCUGUAAGAGAGGAGAACAGAGGAGAGGACAGGUCUGAGAUCAGCUCGGAGGGAUUUCAGAAGAAGGCCAGUGAUCUUCUGCUGUUCUCACAGCCUCAACUCUCAACUCUAGCUUCUCCUCGGGACCUAAAGCUACGGGAUUAUGGUGCUCUCUCUCUCUCUCUCUCUCUCUCUCUGUCUGUCUCUCUGUCUCUCUGACUGUCUCUCUCUCUCUCCAGUGGACUAAACUGUUUUUAUCCUGCUGAUCUGAACUUUGCUCCAUGUGACCUCUUCUUGCGUGUGGAUUUUAAGGAGUCUUAAAUUGAGGCACUGUCUCUCUUUUCCCUGCUAAGCAGGUGGUGCUGGACGCUGCUUCCCUUUGGAAGCCUUGUUGAACGAGAGAUGUUACGACGUUACGGUGAAACACACCCCCCUCAGUCCCCUCACUGUUUACACUCACUCUGCUCUGGUGAUCCAUCAGUGCACCCCCUGCCUGGUGAAGCCAGAAACCCUCUUCCGGUACUCUCUUAGACACACACACACACACACAUGAAGCAUAACUAAUGGAACAGAAAGCCAAAACCCUCGGGUUAUGAUAUAUUUGAUUUUUGUAAUGUAAAAAGAAAAACAUAUUUCAAAUUAUUUCAAAUAAAUUUCUCAACAGAGAACUGCAAACCUGAA